AUGGAGGCUUUGUAUGCGAUUCCCUUUCAUGUUUUAGAAGUACCAAAUCUAAAAUUAAAGAAGCCAGGAUGGGUAAAAGCUCCGUCAGCCAUGGUUGUCUUUGCCUUUGUUCUCCUUUCGUAUUUUUUAGUCACUGGAGGUAAGUAUGUUUCUUUUUUUAUUGCUUUGCCUCGAAGAACUGAUCAGUCUGAGCUGAGCUUAUUACGUGUACAGUGAGAAAUACAAAUUUCGACAACUGUAGCGUAUUUUUAAGCUAAUUCUUUUUAUUCCAGUUGAAACUGGUGUGUCAACAAUCUUCAGUGACGAAUCGUUCAUAUUGAAAUUGUAAGGAAUAAUUCUUUGCAGUAUCAAUAGUAUCAUUUUCAAGUAUCAAUAUGAUUAAAUAUUACUGAUUUUAAACAAUGAUUGUUUAAAAUCAAUAUUAAAGGUGAUGCUGCUCCCAGAACCCCCCAACUUUCCCUUUUCACCUUAAGGAUUUAAGUUUCUAUAACUUUUAAACAAUCAAUUGGUAAGUUUGAGAAAAGUCUCACAACAGGUUUUAUCGUAGAGAAAUAAAACAAAACUCUUAAAAAUAUAUUCAUACAUAUUUUUCAUAUCAUAUGGAUUAACACCGGACAUAGCUAAUUGAUCGAAAUAAAUCAUCGGAAAGCUAAUUGUUUAAUGAAUUAUACUUGAUAAAGCUCAAUAUUUGUUAAUUGAUUAGUCAAUUUAAUCAAUUAAAAUCAAUAAUCACUAAUUUCUUACUUCAUUGAUGAAAGUUUAUGGUCAAAAAAUGUGAGCCAUAUAAACAUCUCUUAAGGAAAAUGAUGAAAGCUGUUCCUUAGCAGCACAUUGAAAACAACAAGUGCAUAGCAAGGAGUUGUUGGCCUAAGGAAUUUAAGAAGGGCAAUCGGAUCUCUGCAACAAAAUGAACAUAAUAAACUGGAAACAGAAUUUAGAUGAAAAGAAAUUGCCAGGAGUUUUCUCCAGUGAUAUGUCCAAAGCAUUUGAUUCACAUCAUUCCCCUUUAUUGAUUGCCAAAUUGAGACCUUUUUAUGGCUUUUCAGAUGAAUUACUAGGUUUGAUACAGUCAUAUUUUUGUGAAAGAAAGUGCAGGGUAAGAAUCGAUCCAGAAACAACCAGUGAGUGGUAUGAAACAACAAGGGGUUGCCCGCAAGGAUCUUUCUUUGGACCACUCUUAUGCAAUGUAUUUCAAAAUGAUUUGCAUUACCUGGUGAAAAACUGAACUUUAUUCAUGUGCGCCGGUGACCAUCAAUGAAAUUUGUCACAUACUGCUGAAACAAUUAAAGAGGUAGAACAAAAAAAAAAAUUGAAUGAAGAAUAGUUGCAAAGCGUCCCAGUGGUAUGACAAAAAUGUUCGAAAGGUAAUUUCUCCAAAUGUCAGACCAUAAGCUUUGGCUCAAAAUAAAAGAACAAGGAAUUGAAAGUCAAAAUGCUGAGCUACUGAAGAAGUACAAAAACCAGAGCUAAAGCUGCUAGGCAUUUCUGUGGAUGAACAAUUAAGAUUUACGACUUACACAAGCAACAUUAGCAAGAAAGGUGCAAGUCUUUUUGGCAUGAUGUCUAAAUUACGGAAAUUAAUACCUACAUCAGCAAAUUGCAAAUUGACAAAUCUGCAGUAUUGCCACAUCUCACUGCCAAUUGAUGCCAGACACCAGAAAGUUAGAAAACCUUCAAGAAAGAGCACUAUGUGCUGUCUGUUGGAACAAAAGAAUUAUUACGUUUGGCUGAUUUGCCUACUUUACAAGAAAAGGCCUCAGAUAUGCAUAAAUUAAAGUUAACAAUAACUUAUCACCUCCUUGUAUAGUGGAUCCUUUCAAACUGAAUAAUAGUGGUUACCACCUUAGAAACUCUGAUUUUAUUAUACCUCCAUUUAACUUCAGUAGCAUCUAGCAAACAUAGCCUGCGCUAUCUGGGCCCUACAAUCUGAUUGAACAGCUACAUUAGAUCAUCCAAAACUUUGUCAAUUUUUAAAAAGGGAUUAAGUAUGCAAAUAUUAGUAGCCUCAUCGACCAUGACUGUGACAUUGUUAUCUUUGUGGAAACUUUUUGCUAUCAACAUUUUAACCAUUUCAAAAUCAGCAUUUUAUACUUAUAUUUAAUGUUUAAAAUUAAGCCAUUUGAGCUCCACUGAUAAGCAUUGUAUUGUGAUUUAUACAGCAGACUGUAAAGUGGAGAUAACUUGGAAUCAGUCAGUAAUGAGCUUUAAUGUAAUUCAGCAGUACCAAGUAAAGCAGGAUUACACAUUCACAAAUUCAAUAGUGGAAUGAAUUGCCUUGAUGUAAAUUUUCUUUGGAACCAAAUGCCAAUAUCUUGGCUAUCAAAAAGAACUGAAUGUAAAUACAAGAAAAGCAUAUCGAUGCCUUGUGAUGUUAUUUUUGUAGGAAUCAUAUAUGAUGUCAUUGUUGAGCCUCCAAGUGUGGGAAGUACAACAGAUGAAUUUGGUCACAGUAAACCAGUAAGUCUACAAUUCUUCUCUCUUCAAUAUAACAUACCUCAGUUUUCUUUUGGACUACCUGUUUUACUGACAGUUUGAAAGCAAACAUUCGUAGGAGGGCUUUUUUUCCUAACGCUUUCAUACAAAUUAUGGCAAUCAAGUUUUCAUCCUUUGAAUACCAACCCAAACACACCCUAGCAACCAGCAGCCCUGUUGGUUUUUUUCACGAAAAUGUAUUUUUCACAACUUAAAAACUUAAAUGCUUAUAACUUCUCUUUUGGUGUAAUUCUUGCCUUAAACAAGUGAAUACAGUAAAAAUGUAAGUGUAGUCACAAUUACCAUGGCAGCUUCUUUCAAUACUUCACAACACAUCAUCAACUUGUGAUGUAACUUUUGAUAACUUCCUUAACAAAACAUUCAGGUCAGGAGUUAAAAUUAUUCCCUCUCGGACCCUUUCAAACAACCAUGGACAAAAACCACGAGCAACCGAAAGAUAUUUGACCUUGUAAGAAAGAAUGUCAGUUUUGUAUCAACAAAGCAUUUUCAACUACACUAGAUGAAUUUAUGUUUAUGUUUUGUUCUGAAGUUUCGUUCGUACCUCUCUCUUCGCACUUAAGUAACUUAUCACACUUAAAUGGUGCCUUUAUCGUGCUUAAAUGGCACCUUCGUCAUACUUGUAUGGUGCCUCAAGGACAAAGGCAUGAUGCUCAAUAAUCAAGCUUAGAUGCAUGAUUAACAUCAUGCAUCGGCAAUUUGGUGCGUUAAAAAAAACGUUCUAAUGCUUAAAAGGUGUUUUUAUGUUUGUUAUAUGUGCAUCUCUAGAUGCUUUGUCUAUUCUGGUCAAUACAGUUUUAUUGUAAAGGUAGGUGGGAUGGAAACGUUAUAGUUUUUAGUGAAAAAUGGAGCAAAUUGGUGUCUUUUAACUACACUUCAUUUUGUUCAUAACGAAUUUAUUUCUUUAAAUCAAAGCUUUAUGCAGAAAAUCCCAGGGUGGGCUGCCAGAAAAUAUGUACUCGUUGUUCUGCACAUUGAUUGCACAGCAACUGUGCAAAAAAUCAAGUUCCUAUACAUGAGUUUAGAGGAACCAUAAGACUAAAUGUAGCGUUACAUUAUUUUUUACAAAAAAGUGGUCACCAACAUCGUGCGCAAGGCAAAAAGUGAUCAUUCACAUUAUUAUGCAAGAAUAAUGUUUCAUAAUCAUAUUUUCGUGACUGUUAUAACUCUAUUUUGUGUUUUUCAUCUACAGGUUGCCUUCAUGCCAUACCGUGUAAAUGGUCAGUACAUCAUGGAGGGUUUGGCAUCAAGUUUUCUUUUCUCCAUGGGCGGAUUGGGCUUCAUUAUCUUGGAUAAAUCCAAUGCUGUUGGCAUGUCUAAACUAAACAGAUUUCUUCUGCUCUUCCUGGGUUUUGUGUGCGUCUUAGUGUCUUUCUUUACAUGUCGUGUGUUCAUGAGGAUGAAGCUUCCGUGA